CAAUGAGCGCUCAACGCAAAUAUUUUGUAUAUGCGCUGCUGCUCAUGCUAAGCAGCGCUGCUCAGUGUCGCCAUCCGUUUGACUUCUUUGAUGAGAGCAUUGAAGACUUUGUCGACUGUCUGCUUAAGCACAACAUAACCCACACUGAGUAUGAGCAGUUCGAAAGCUACGAGAAUAAGCAAAACUUGCUGGCCAACAAGCUCGAAUUGAAGUACAAAUGCAAUGUGGACUGUCAGCUGCAGCGUCAGCCCAUGAAGUGGUUAACUGCAGCUGGACGCUUGGACCUGCAACUGUUGAAUGCCACAGACGAGGCAGCUGCUUCAAUUGUCGAUUGCAUGGCUAAUGCUGAUGCGGAGCAGUGCGCCUAUAGCUUUAAGCUGGUCAUGUGCGCCUAUUUGGCGAAUCAUCCGCCGCCGGAUGAGCUUGAGCCAAGUAAUUAUGAAGCUGAAGAUGCAGAGGAAACUGAUGAGUUCUAUCUGGAUGAUGGCGUAACUGAUAAUAAUGAAACUAUUGAAUACUGAAUAAUAAUGCAUAAUCGGCGCUAAUUAAAA